CAAGAAAUUCUUUUUCAGUGCCUGGUUCAGGCAACACUUCCCCAAAAGACAUGGAGUCUUUGCUGCCUCUGAUGAGCAUGGUUAUCUAUUCUAUUGACAAAGCAAAGAAGUUCCGUCUGAACAGAGAAGGUAAACAAAAAGCUGACAAGAACAGGGCUCGUGUGGAAGAGAACUUCCUUAAACUGACUCACGUGCAAAGACAGGAGGCUGCCCAGUCCCGCCGUGAAGAGAAAAAACGGGCAGAGAAGGAGCGAAUCAUGAAUGAAGAGGAUCCUGAAAAACAGCGUCGGCUGGAGGAAGCUGCUUUGCGUCGUGAGCAGAAGAAACUUGAGAAGAAGCAGAUGAAGAUGAAGCAAAUCAAAGUGAAAGCUAUGUGACUCCAUUGUGAGAAGCAUCUCAGUGCCACCUGCAGAAUUUUAAUUCACAGGGUACAAAGACCGACUUAACUCCAUAAUCCUACACUUCUUUGAACACUAGCAGCCAUUAAGAGAAACGCUCCUUGCAGUGGUGUUACUUAUUUAAGUAUUACAGCAACAUGCAGGUGUAUGUAGAGAGCUUUGUCUUGGCAGUUUUAUUCCAGGUGGUAUAAAUUUUUGCUACUUGUCUGUUUAAAAAAAAAAAAAAAUGCAAUAUUCUUG